AUGGCCAGAAACAUGUGCGAAGACGAGCGAAUCGUCGAGGGGCCUGGGCUACCACCAGCCCUGGUUUUGAAGGACAUCAAUAUCGGACAGUUCCUUGACCAGCAGGCAGAAAAGCACGCCACGAAUACCGCUCUGGUUUCUACAUGGCAAGAUGCGAGGCUGACGUACGGGGAUCUGCACAACUCGUGCAAAUCUGUUGCUAAGCAUCUCUUGCAGCGUGGUGUACGGCGCCAUGAUCAUGUUGUUGUGCUGGCUGGAAACUCGGUGGAAUAUGUGCAGCUGUUCUUCGCAGUGGCGGCCAUAGGCGCCGUAUUUUGCAUCAUCAAUCCAACCUUUGCUGCUGAUGAGGUCCUUGCUGCGGUCGAGUUCUUGGACCCGAAGGCUAUUUUCGUGGCAGACAGGAUCGGAUAUCGCAAGAACAACGCCCUUUUGGCUGAGCUUGUGAACCGGCGUGGGCUCACCACAUGCUUAGUGCAGUUGACCACUGGGAAACCCACCGAGAGCGUGCCAUCAUGGCGUGAGUUCCUACAAAUGGAGCAAAUGGAUGGCGACGGCAGCGAUCUCUUGGCGCAAAACUGGGCCACGUGCCAUCCCGGGGACGCCGUUUGCAUCCAGUUCACCAGCGGCACGACAGGUCCGCGGAAGGGAGCCAUGAUCACGCACACUAAUCUCCUUAGCAAUGCUGUCCUCGUGGGAGAUCGGCUUGGGUACACAGCAGCAGAUGUUGUCUGUUCCACAACGCCACUGUUCCAUUGCUUUGCACUCGGCUGCGGCCUCUUGUCCACGGUGGCGUACGGCGGAACUGUCGUCCUUCCCUCGGAUGUUUUCCUCGCCGGAGCAACGUUGCAAGCCCUCUCCAAGUUCAAAUGUACCGUGAUACAUUCAGUAGCCACCAUGCUGCAGGCCAUGAUGGACCAUCCGGAUGCCAGUAUCCACCGUCCCAACAUGGUCUUGCGGACUGGUAUCAUCGGCGGGUCGGCUCUGACGAAAGAACUACUCACGAGGUUGAGCGCCGAGUUUGGUUACCAUGGUGUAGCCUAUGGCUACGGCAUGACCGAAGCUACCUGCAUUGUGUUCAUGACGGACCCAAGCAAGGUCUCCCUACUGGAUGACUUCUCGUCCGUGGGCACGCUCUUGCCUUCUCUAUCGGCCAAGGUUGUCGAUGCAGAUCUCCAGACUCUCCCAGCUGGGACUCCAGGUGAACUGCUCGUUGCAGGGCACUGCGUAUUCCGAGAGUACUACAAGAACCCGGGCAAGACGGAGGAAGCGGUCGUCAGGGACGCGCAGGGGCGACGCUGGCUUCGCACGGGAGACCUUGUCACGAUCGACGAGGCGGGAAGGUGCGCCAUGAUUGGCAGGGUGAAGGAUAUGAUCAAGAGGGGCGGCGAGAACAUCUUUCCACGCGACGUGGAGGAGGUGCUGGAGCAGCAUCCCAGUAUCCAUGCGGCGGCUGUGGUGGGGAUCCCCGAUCCCUACUGGGGUGAAAUCGUUGGCGCCUUCAUCCAACGUGCCAAGGCCGGAGAUGGGGACCGGGCCGCCGACCGGGAAGCUGAGAGCCAGGCCCAGGCACAUGUGGGGAGCAAGGAACUUAAGCUAUGGAUGCGGGGUCGGAUACAACCCCACAAGAUGCCCGAGCACCUCUUUUGGAUCGGAGAGGGCAACGGUGUUCCUGACGAGCUGCCUGUUAACUACACCGGCAAGGUGGUAAAGUCAGACCUUCGGGCGGCUGCCACUGUACUGGUGAAGGGAUAG